AAUAACUCUGUCGUCAGUGUCACGAAUGCUUUCUACAAACAAGAAAUCCAGCCAACAAAAAUAGAAGGAACGAUUGAUUACCGGAGACUUGAUAUGGAUCAACCCAAUAAUCCGCAGCCCAUAAUCGCCGACCGGGUGCUGAUCAACGGAAUCGAGACGACGCUAACGUUCACCGAGGACGGGAAGCUACGUUGGAAUGCGGGAGGUCAAAAAUGUUUGACUGUGGAGAGGGAGGUCCUGGGGUUCUGCACUCAAGGUCGUAAGAUCAGGUUAAGGUGUGUUGUGGUGAAGGGAGACGGAGUCUGCUGUGUAAAGGACAGGGGAGGUCUAGUGAGGGAGAAUUUCUUGUUCGAGCUUUUCUCCGAGGACUCUCUGAGACUCUGGUGCCAGAAGCUCCGCGAGUACAUCGAUUCUCUUGGGAGGCCAAAGAGGUUGUUUAUCUUCGUGAACCCAUUUGGAGGAAAAAAAAUUGCUUCCAAAAUAUUUGUGGAUGUUGUAAAACCGCUACUUGAAGAUGCUGACAUCCAAAUUACAAUGCAAGAAACUAAACAUCAGCUGCAUGCCAAGAAAGUUGCUCACACCAUGGAUCUCCUGAAGUAUGAUGGGGUCAUUUGUGUUAGUGGUGAUGGUUUAGUCGUUGAGGUGGUAAAUGGACUGCUAGAGAGAGAGGACUGGAGUUCUGCAAUUAAGAUGCCCAUUGGAGUUGUUCCUGCAGGUACAGGAAAUGGCAUGGCAAAAUCUCUUCUCGAUUCAGUUGGUCAACCCUGUACAGCAUUUAAUGCUGUUCUUGCAAUUAUUCGAGGCCAUAAGCGUUCACUGGAUGUAGCUACCAUCUUGCAGGGGGAGAUCAAGUUUUUUAGUGUUUUGAUGCUUGCAUGGGGUUUGGUGGCAGAUAUCGACAUCGAGUCCGAAAAAUAUAGGUGGAUGGGGAGUGCUCGUCUUGACUUUUAUGCUCUUCAACGAAUAUUCCAUUUGAGACGGUAUGAUGGACGUGUUUGUUUUGUGCCUGCACCUGGCUUUGAGGAUCACGGGGAACCAGCCAAUUACAAUGAUGGUUCUAGUGACACACAUAGAAAUCAUGAUAGUAGCCUAGAGCAAGCCUUUGAUGUUCAACAAAAUGGCUACCAGGGAUCUGAUGUUAAGUUAGAGAAUCUAGACUGGAGGGCAAUUAAUGGGCCAUUUGUUUCGGUUUGGCUACAUAAUGUACCUUGGGGGGGUGAAGAUACACUAGCCGCACCUGAUGCAAAGUUCUCCGAUGGAUACUUGGACUUGAUUAUCAUUAGGGAUUGCCCCAAGCUAGCCUUGCUAUCAUUGAUGACAGAGAUGAGCAGUGGAGGUCAUGUCAGAUCACCAUUAUCCACAUACCUUAAGGUGAAAGCAUUUGUCUUGGAGCCAGGUCCACGCACUGACGACCCAACCAAGGAAGGUAUCAUAGACUCCGAUGGUGAGGUUCUGGCCCGAGGAAAGGGAACAUACAAGGAUGGCCAGAAAGGACUCAUGUCUUAUGAUAAGCUUCAAAUUACAAUAGAUCAAGGUUUAGCGACUGUAUUUUCUCCUGUAUAGUUUUGAACAUCACUUUUCAAAAGAGAAUCAUUUAGGCCACACCACACCUACACUAAGUAGAGACUUUGUUCAACUGUCUUAUAUGGAACCACAAUUCCACUGAUUAUUUUCAAGUUAGUAAUGGCAGUUUCAUUAGAUU